UUUAUUUUAAUUUAAUAAAUAAGGUUACAACUGGGUGAUUAAAGUAAAUAAAUAGGUAAUGUUGCCGGAGAUCUCAAAUCCUGAGGCAGAACUUGGGCAGCCUGGAUGAGACGAUUCUUGAACCCUCCUGACUGUCCUGGCAAUUACGAGUCUUCAUCCAGGCGAAGAACUGGAAGCACAGCCCGGCUCCCAAGGCCAAGAUCCACAGCGAGUACAAUAGAGCCAUAUCCCUGAUGUUAUCGGCAGUGAGGGCUUUUAUAUCGAUAAUAAUGAUUUUAAAGGCCGAAUCUGGCACAGCAUAAUUGAAAAAGAAAUACUUUGAAACAUGUAUCCUAGCUACCAAGCCGAAGUAAGAAAUUAAGUUCCCGAAUUCGGAGAUCCAAAAUACUGACUAUAAAAAAUGGCUAAAUAUGAAGUUUGAAAGAAUAAGAUAAUUGGAAACCGGAGGAAAAAAGAAAAAUGCUUAUUCAGGUUGAAAAUGAAUCUUCGGAAAUAACAGUCGGAAGG